AGGAGAAGGCCAUGGUCAAGGUUGAAGACACUGAGGAGGAGGCGUCUUCAUCUGAUCAUGUGCUUUCUCCAGUGUCUGGUUCAGGCUCUGUCACCAGCUCUCUUACUGAAGGGAGUUCCUCUGUUGUUGAUGACUGGAGUGGGGUUGAGCCCCUCAGCAUGGAACCAGUGCUGUCUCUGCCGUGGAUCGGUGAGGUGGUCUCCAGAGAGGAAAUGAAGCCACCGGCCCCCGUGAAAGAAGGUUUUCCAGAGUGGAAACACCUCUGGUACACGGUGGACUUCAGUGCAUCUCGUAAGGAGACCACCACACCACCAUCCACAAGUGCAGGCGGCACACAUCAGGAGAACAUCAAGGACCACGAGACUAAAGAUCUCAAGGCGAGGGCGGAGAUUUUAGUCUUUGAUGUGGUCCGUUUCUUCGGAUGUGGUUAUGUUUCUGCAGAAUUCCGAUUUAAGGUAGGGCGAACAUUGGUGGACUUUGCCCUGACCUCUGAGGAGGCAUGUAGUCUCGUGAGGAAGACUUUGGACCGGGAGAUGCUCCGCCUGCGUAGAGAAGAGAGUUCGCCCCAGACAUUGAUUCACCUUUACAGGUUCAUAAAGAGGUAUCCCAUGAUUUUUGUAGGCAUGAAGUGCCAACUUUCUUCAUGGGUCCUCGAGGAUCUUUAUGAUUCAGACCUCUCUUCGGAGGAUGAAUCUGAUGAGGUUGUACCUGCCGCUGCCCCUGCUCCUGCUGACCCUCCAGCAGUGCUCCUUCCCUCGCCACCUCCUGCACCUGCUCCUGCUGACCCUCCAGCAGUGCUCCUUCCCUCGCCACCUCCUGCACCUGCUCCUGCUGACCCUCCAGCAGUGAUCCUUCCCUCGCCACCUCCUGCACCUGCUCCUGCUGACCCUCCAGCAGUGGUUCUACCCUCCCCUAUUGUGUCUCAACCUUCACAUCCAGAUGGAUCGACUGCUCCAGUUGAGACACCUCAGCCCCAGACGCCUCCAUCCUCUCAGCAAACUAGUGCAGACAAGGUGGAGGAUAAGAAGGUGGAGACUAGUUUACCAUCUCCACCUUCACCUCCUGAUGGGUCAACCGCUCCGGUUGCACCUCCUCGGCCCCAAACGCCUCCAUCCUCUCAGCAAACUAGUGCAGAUGAGGUGGAGGAUAUGGAGGUGGAGACUAGUUUACCAGCUCCACCUUCACCUCCGGAUGGGUCAACCGCUCCGGUUGCACCUCCUCAGCCCCAAACGCCUCCUCAGCCCCAAACGCCUCCUCAGCCCCAAACGCCUCCUCAGCCCCAAACGCCUCCAUCCUCUCAGCAAAAUAAAGCUGAUGAGGUGGAGGACAUGGAGGUGGAGGCUAGUUUACCAGCUCCACCUUCACCUCCUGAUGGGUCAACCGUUCAGGUUGCGUCUCCGCAGACGCCUCCUCAGCCCCAAACGCCUCCUCAGCCACAGCCGUCUUCGUCCUCUCAGCAAACUAGUGCAGACAAGGUGGAGGACAUGGAGGUGGAGACUAGUUUACCAUCUCUACCUCCAUCUCCAGAUGGGUCAACCGCUCCGGUUGCAUCUCCUCAGCCACAGACGCCUCCUCAGCCCCAAACGCCUCCUCAGCCCCAAACGCCUCCAUCCUCUCAGCAAACUAGUGCAGAUGAGGUGGAGGAUAUGGAGGUGGAGACUAGUUUACCAUCUCCACCUUCACCUCCGGAUGGGUCAACCGCUCCGGUUGCACCUCCUCAGCCCCAAACGCCUCCUCAGCCCCAAACGCCUCCAUCCUCUCAGCAAAAUAAAGCUGAUGAGGUGGAGGACAUGGAGGUGGAGGCUAGUUUACCAGCUCCACCUUCACCUCCUGAUGGGUCAACCGUUCAGGUUGCGUCUCCGCAGACGCCUCCUCAGCCCCAAACGCCUCCUCAGCCCCAGACGCCUCCUCAGCCCCAAACGCCUCCUCAGCCCCAGACGCCUCCUCAGCCCCAAACGCCUCCUCAGCCCCAGACGCCUCCUCAGCCCCAGCCGUCUUCGUCCUAUCAGCAAAGUAAUGAGAUGGAGCUGACAUCAAUAAUGGCCAGACUCUGUCUCACGGAAACUGAUAUUAAAGCUCAACAUUCAUCUCCUCACGGGCUGUUGGCGGAGGUCGCGCCACCUCAGGCCAUACUUUCACCUCCUCACAGACAAGCGCCUCCUCCCGCCUCACCUCCACAGUGUCGCGCUUUUAAGUGUCCGCCUCCUCCGUCACAGGAUGAGAUGAAGCCGACGCCUCCGGCCCAGACACCAUCGUCCGCUCAGCAAAAUAAAGCAGACACUGCCGUGGCCGACUGUUCUUCAGUUUCUCAACCUUCAACUAAUAACAGUCGGCCAAUCCGGCAAGUGUCUCCUCCCGCCUCUCCUACAAAGCGUCGUGCUCCUAAGCGUCCGGCGUCUUCACAGGAUGAUCCGGAUGAGAUGGAGCCGACGCCAAAGAGGCCCAGGCUGUGCAAUACCGAUAUUAAAGCUCAACAUUCAUCUCCUCACGGGCUGUUGACUGAUGUCACGCCACCUCAGGCCCAACUUUCACCUCCUCACAGACGAGCAUCUCCUCCCGCCUCACCUUCACAGUGUCGUGCUGUCAAGCGUCCGGCAUCUUCACAGGAUGAUCCGGAUGAGAUGGAGCCGACGCCGAAGAGGGAGAGGCUAAAUGGGCUGUCGACUGAGGUCACGCCGCCUCCGGCCCAGACGCCAUCAUCCACUCAGCAAAAUAAAGCAGACACUGCCGUGGCCGACUGUUCUUCAGUUUCUCAACCUUCAACUAAUAACAGUCGGCCAAUCCGGCAAGUGUCUCCUCCCGCGUCUCUUCCUAAACGUCGUGCUGUUAAGCGUCCCGCUCCAUCCACUUCACAGGAAGCAUCUGAAGGCAUGGUAUCAGACGCCAAGAGACCCAGACUUGAUGGGUUACUUUAAAAAAAAAAAAAGAAGAAGAAGAAGAGACCCAACCUGACCUCCUCAAACCCCGAGCAGAAAAUAAAUAAAAAUAUUUUGAUAUUAAA